AUGGAAGCUGACAACCUUGCCCUUGCGGGCAUAGGGACAUUAGAUGAUCCCGAGGACUUCAGAUCUAUCGACGUCUCAUUAGGAUCGAUAGCAUUGCUCGCAAGGGAUCCUUCUCGUAGUACGGCAUUUGCGCUUCUCUGGCUGCGGUUUUCCCUGGCGGUUCUACUUGAACUCGACGGUACCGAUACUGUUAUUGCAUCGUCCGCAGCUGUGACAGGAGCUAGUGGAACCAUGGGUAUGCGAUUUGGCCUGUCCUCCUCGGGAGCGUCGGCGCGGUGCGCCAGCGCUGGAAGCCCUGGCGUUAUGAGCAUAUCGACAUUUAGAAUCAAAUUAAUCAAGUAG